AUGGCUCAAACCGAGAAGCCUCACACGAGAGCCGCAUCCACCGACCAAAGAACUACCUGGUCCUGGAGGAAGCUAUUCGGGAAAGACGAUAGUGCCAGUACCACAGCUCCACCACAGCCCCUACAAGAGGAUACUACACGGGCCGGCAUUGCACGCAGACUCUCGAGAAAAGUCGUGCCCGGAUUGCCUCGACCAGGAACAUUCCGAAGACAGCAAUCAGAGCUGCGAGACAAGCUGGAACCAAACACACCCAAUGCUGAUGAACGACGGACCGUCUCAGUAGACCGAAGGCGAAAUGCCUCGUUCCGAAACUCGUCUGUAAUUGUGGCUUCGAACCCUAGACUCAGUGCACCCGAGCUGUUGGAAACGACCGAGACGGUUGAGACAUUGUUGGAUAAUCAAAAGGUGCCACCGGUUACUACACAAGAGGAUGAGGCUCAGGAAUACGUAGACGUCUCGAAAGAGGCGUCGGCUAUUGACACGGCGUCUAUAUGUACAGAGGCGUUUGAUGAAAUGAUACUCGAGGAGCUCGAACGAAAGUGGAUCCUGAAUCUCAGCAUGCACUUCCGGGAUAAGUCCAAGAGGGAGAAGUUCUUCGUUACCUUUGCAGAGAAACCCACGCAUUGGAGGCGUGUGACUAUCUCGUUGGAUUAUAGAGAUUGUCCAGAGGGCUCUUUGGAAGAGGAGCUCAUGCGGACGAGAUUUCAACGAGACAAGAGUGCACGGAUAUAUGAAGCUAUUCGGGAAUCGCUGCCUGAUAUCCAAUUCUACGACACCGUGACAAACCUGAAAUUACAGACCGAGAACGAACGGCUUCAUGUGCAUGUGGUCGAGGAUCUCUCUGAGAUUAUUUCAUAUCCUCCCGUCAGAUCUAUCAAUCAUCUCAAUUGUCGACGGAUCCGAGAAGACGAACUUGUUUUUGAAUCUCAUCUCUCUGGUUUCGUCUACAAGGUUCAAGUUGAUGGUCAGGUGUUUAUCAAGAAAGAAAUCCCCGGUCCUGAUACGGUCGAUGAAUUCCUCUACGAGAUCAACGCUCUUCAUCAGCUUUCUGGCUCUCGCAGUGUGAUCCAGUUUGGAGGCGUCGUUCUCGAUAACAAAGGUGAGACUGUCAAGGGGCUUCUCAUCAGUUUUGCAGAGCAAGGUGCGCUGAUUGAUGUCAUCUACGAUGGCGAAGGAAAGAUUCCUUGGAGUCGAAGAGAACGGUGGGCAAGGCAAAUUGUUCAGGGUCUUUCCGAAAUUCACGAGUCAGGCUUUGUGCAGGGAGAUUUCACUCUUUCCAAUAUUGUCAUCGAUGCAUAUGAUAAUGCAAAGAUCAUUGACAUAAAUAGAAGAGGAUGUCCUGUCGGCUGGGAACCUCCUGAGGUCCGCGAUCUCAUUGAGAGCAAUCAGCGCAUUUCCAUGUACAUUGGCGUCAAGUCUGAUCUGUACCAAUUGGGAAUGGUGUUGUAUGCUCUGGCUACGCAACAUGAUGAGCCGGAAACGCAACGUCCAUUGACUGUAUCUGCUUUUCCUACGGAGAUUCCCGAUUAUUUCCUAGAUAUUUGCCGUCGUUGUCUUCAUGAUGAUCCCAGGCUCCGUACACAAGCUUCAACCUUGUUGACGUUUUUCCCGGAGAUGGAAGAGCCGUACCAAGAGCCUUUACGUUCAGUCCCAAUCGUGGUAGAUGCACGCCACACGGAUGAGAAGGCUUGUGGAAAUGGAAAUGGAAAUUAUCCCGAGAAGAAUGGGUUCCUAAACUCACCGUAUGGCCAACCUCCAGUACUGGAUAGUUCCAUCAACGUACACGAUUAUGCAGUAACAGAUGUAUCAGAUACCUCAGACAUCUAUCCCCGCAGAGGAAGGUCUCCCCCUCGGCUGGAAAUUUAUGAGCCAGAUGCUCCACUGCCAGUUUCUGGACCCGGCCCCGAAUUCAAACCCCAAAUAUCUACCAUCAGCUCAGAAUAUUUACACGAACAAACUACCGACACCCAAGGUGUAACAACAGAGCAAAUACAGACCAUAUUAGCCCUUGCCUCAGAUCUUCCAGACCAAGGACUACAGCACAUAGAAGUACAAAAACCCGCGAACACGACAGAAGAAUUGCCGCGGCCAACAGUAGCGGCCCAUACACCAGAUACGAGCACAUUGCCAGGAGCGGAUUUAGCAGGCGUUGGUGGUGCAGAAGGAAGCGCGCAUUUUGAGAUACCCCCUCCAGCGGCUUUAGAUGAAAAUGAUUUGAUGAUUAUGACUGAUAUGCAUGAGCAAGCGAUAUAA